GCGGCGGCGGCGGCGGCGGCGGCAGCGGCGGCGGCGGCGGCGGCUCCGAGCAGGGCCAGGCUCUGUUCAAUGGAGACAUGGAGCCCGAGGCCGGCGCUGGCGCCGCGGCCUCUUCGGCUGCGGACCCGGCCAUUCCUGAGGAGGUGUGGAAUAUCAAGCAAAUGAUUAAAUUGACACAGGAACAUAUAGAGGCCCUAUUGGACAAAUUUGGUGGGGAGCAUAAUCCACCAUCAAUAUACUUGGAGGCCUAUGAAGAGUACACCAGCAAGCUAGAUGCCCUCCAGCAAAGAGAGCAACAGCUACUGGAGUCCCUGGGGAAUGGAACUGAUCUUUCUGUUUCUAGCUCAGCGUCAAUGGACACCGUUACGUCCUCCUCCUCCUCUAGCCUUUCAGUGCUGCCUUCAUCUCUUUCAGUUUUUCAGACUCCCACAGACGCUUCCCGAAACAACCCCAAGUCACCACAAAGACCCAUCGUUAGAGUCUUCCUGCCCAACAAGCAGAGGACAGUGGUACCCGCAAGAUGUGGUGUUACAGUCCGAGACAGUCUAAAGAAAGCGCUGAUGAUGAGAGGUCUUAUCCCAGAAUGCUGUGCUGUUUACAGAAUUCAAGAUGGAGAGAAGAAGCCCAUUGGCUGGGACACGGACAUCUCCUGGCUCACUGGGGAGGAGCUGCACGUGGAAGUGCUGGAGAACGUCCCGCUCACGACUCACAACUUUGUACGGAAAACUUUUUUCACCUUAGCAUUUUGUGACUUUUGUCGAAAGCUGCUUUUCCAGGGUUUCCGCUGUCAAACAUGUGGUUAUAAGUUUCACCAGCGUUGUAGUACAGAGGUUCCACUGAUGUGUGUUAAUUAUGACCAACUUGAUUUGCUGUUUGUCUCCAAGUUCUUUGAGCAUCACCCAGUAACACAGGAGGAUGCCUCCUUACCAGAGACUGCCCUUACAUCUGGAUCUCCUUCUGCACCCCCCUCAGACUCUAUCGGGCCCCAAAUCCUCACCACUCCAUCUCCUUCAAAAUCCAUUCCAAUUCCACAGCCCUUCCGACCAGCAGAUGAAGAUCAUCGAAAUCAGUUUGGACAGCGAGACCGGUCCUCCUCAGCUCCCAAUGUUCAUAUAAACACAAUUGAACCUGUCAAUAUUGAUGAAAAAUUCCCAGAAGUGGAAUUACAGGAUCAAAGGGAUUUGAUUAGAGACCAAGGGUUUCGUGGUGAUGGAGCCCCCUUGAGCCAGCUGAUGCGCUGUCUUCGGAAAUACCAAUCCCGGACUCCCAGCCCCCUCCUACAUUCUGUCCCCAGUGAAAUAGUGUUUGAUUUUGAGCCUGGCCCAGUGUUGAGAGGGUCCACUCCAGGGUUGUCUGCCACCCCACCUGCCUCAUUACCUGGCUCACUCACUAACGUGAAAGCCUUACAGAAAUCCCCAGGACCCCAGCGGGAAAGGAAAUCAUCCUCCUCCUCAGAAGAUAGAAAUCGAAUGAAAACACUUGGUAGACGAGAUUCAAGUGAUGAUUGGGAGAUUCCUGAUGGACAGAUUACAGUGGGACAAAGAAUUGGAUCUGGAUCAUUUGGAACUGUCUACAAGGGAAAGUGGCAUGGUGAUGUGGCAGUAAAAAUGUUGAAUGUGACAGCACCCACACCUCAGCAGUUACAGGCCUUCAAAAAUGAAGUGGGAGUGCUCAGGAAAACGCGGCAUGUGAAUAUCCUGCUUUUCAUGGGCUAUUCAACAAAGCCACAGCUGGCUAUUGUUACCCAGUGGUGUGAGGGCUCCAGCCUGUAUCACCAUCUCCACAUUAUUGAGACCAAAUUUGAGAUGAUCAAACUUAUAGAUAUUGCACGGCAGACUGCACAGGGCAUGGAUUACUUACACGCCAAGUCAAUCAUCCACAGAGACCUCAAGAGUAAUAAUAUAUUUCUUCAUGAAGACCUCACGGUAAAAAUAGGUGAUUUUGGUCUAGCCACAGUGAAAUCUCGAUGGAGUGGGUCCCAUCAGUUUGAACAGUUGUCUGGAUCUAUUUUGUGGAUGGCACCAGAAGUAAUCAGAAUGCAAGAUAAAAACCCAUAUAGCUUUCAGUCAGAUGUGUAUGCAUUUGGGAUUGUUCUGUACGAACUAAUGACUGGCCAGCUACCCUAUUCAAACAUCAACAACAGGGAUCAGAUAAUUUUUAUGGUGGGACGAGGAUAUCUAUCUCCAGAUCUCAGUAAGGUACGGAGUAACUGUCCAAAAGCCAUGAAGAGAUUAAUGGCAGAGUGCCUGAAAAAGAAAAGAGAUGAGAGACCACUCUUUCCCCAAAUUCUUGCCUCUAUUGAGCUGCUGGCCCGCUCAUUGCCAAAAAUUCACCGCAGUGCAUCAGAACCCUCCUUGAAUCGGGCUGGUUUCCAAACGGAAGACUUUAGUCUGUAUGCUUGUGCUUCUCCUAAGACACCCAUCCAAGCAGGGGGAUAUGGAGAAUUUGCAGCCUUCAAGUAGCCACCCCGUCAUGACAGCAUCACUCUUUAUUCUUAAGUCUGUGUUCAUACAGUCUGUUAACAUCCAAACACGGCUCUGUUCCUCUAAUCUUCUUUAAAAGAUACAAAAUGUUCAGUGCAUAAGCUCAUGUGGAACAGAGUGGAAUUUCCGAUUCAACAAAAGAGGGAAGAAUGUUUUAGGAACCAGAAUUCUCUGCUGCCCGUGUUUCUUCUUCAACACAAAUAUCACCUGCAUACAAGUCUGCCCAUUCCCAGGAAGAAAGAGGAGAGACCCUGAAAUCUGCCCUUUUGGUGGUCAGGCAUGAUGGAAAGAGUUUGCUGCUGCAGCUUGGGAAACUUGCUAUGGAAAGUCUGCCGGUCAACCUUGCCCUUCUAACCAGAUCAGUUUGUGGCUGGUCAUCUGAUGGGGCGAUUUCAGUCACUGAGCAUCGUUGCCUGUUCUGGGAUCGUGUGGAGCGCUUUCCCUGUCACCGCCGUUACUCUCUGAGGGAUGGAGGAAUGCAGCAUGUCCUUUGUGUAGUGCCUGUGCAGUCCAAACACACGCUGUCCCAGUGGAGCUCUGAGCUCUCGUGGGGGAGGCGACGAGGGGCGUGGGGCAGAAAGGGGUGCUGCAUCUUCUCCCUCCCUCCAGCGCUCCCCUCGGGUUGCCUCGCUCCUGGCUCUGCCUAACCGCUCGGGCUGGACAGUGCUGCACACGUGGCCUCCUGUUCUCGUUGGGUCCAGCAAUGGAGGUGAGGGCUGAGGGGCUGUCUCCUCCACGCUGUAGCAAAUUCUCAGGAAAAUGCCGUCCAUAUCUUCCUCUCAGCUCUUCCAGUCACCAAACACUUAAGUGGCUACAUUGUCCAGGGCACAAAAUGUCAUGGGCAGCAUCUAAUUAAAAGCCUACAAAACUGCUUACUGACAGUUUUGAAUGUGAGAAAUUAGUGUAAUUUAAAUGUAAGGUACAUGUUUUAAUUUCUGAGUUUCUUCUAUUUUUAUUUUUUAAAAAAAUAAUUUUCAGGUUUAAUUGGAAUAAAAGAAUACUUCCCACCAGAAUAUAUAUCCUGAAAAUUAUAUUUUUGUUAAUUGUAAGCAGCUUUUAAAGAAUGAUGAUUAUCCUUUUCUUUACCUAAAACUAUGGGGAGUCUUAGCCUAGUGACAGUUACUUAUACUUUUUAAAUUAAUGGUACUUGCUGGAUCCACACUAACAUCUUUGCUAACAAUCCCAUUGUUUCUUCCAACUUAAUGCCUACACUACAUCCCACAUCCUCCUUCUAGUCUUUUAUCUAUAAUAUGCAACCUAAAAUAAAAAUGGUGGUGUCUCCAUUAAUUCUCCUCCUUCCUGUUUUCCCAAGCCUGGUCUUCAAAAGGUUGGGUAAUUUAGUAGCUGAGUUCCCUAGAUAGAAAUAGAAAUGUUGGACAUUGGAGUUGCAGGAAGGUAUGAGGCCUGUCAUCAGUUGUUUUCAUACAACCCUAAAUCUCAACCUUUGCACAAAUCAAAAGUAUAACCUAUUUACAACUUCCCUUGGCCUUUAUUUAAGGGUAAUAAAAAAAUCACCAUAGUAGCAAAGAAAGUGACUGAAUGAGUUAGUAGCCAGUACCUCUCUUAUCCAGGAAUCUUGAAUCUAGAAAUGCAAAUUAAAAGAGAUGUACUUAGCAACUACACUAUAGCCAAGAACUUGAAAAAAAUACUAUGAAAUCUCAAAUAAAAUGGAACUUUUAGUAUUUUUAGUUAUUUUCUAAUUUCAAAUCAUAACUGAUCCCACUAUAUAUUUAAGCCUACUCAAAACAGAUGGUGUUUUUUGCUAAAAUGUCUGUCAUCAAAGGAAGGCCUGCUGAAAAUGUUAUGAGUUCCCAGUGUAUUGGAAAGUCUUCUGAAGUUAGCAGUUAGCAGCAAAGCAUUUUGAAGUCUUACAUGAGUAGAACAAUAUCUUAAAAGUCAUGGAAACUGACAUGAAAAUGACUCACUCAGCUAUGAGAAGUAGCCUCUGCAUGUGAUGUGUCGCGUUUGGAAAGGCUUUGUGCUUUAAGUGCUUUUUGGCAUGCCUUUGUUUGCUUCACUCCGGGUCAGCUUGAAAGAGCAGGGCUUUGGCCAUUGAUGCACAUCUAGGCCCUGCGGAGGUGUUAGAGCCUCCUAGGCAUGGCCUUGGUACAGGGCCACUCCUUGCUGGGAGAGGGGCCGGCAAGCUUAAGGAGGGAGCUUAGCAUGUGAGUGGUCUAGACAGAACGCAAUGGGACCCUUCUUCCUUUCAUUUCAGUAUAGGUUGCUGUCUUAGCCGGAAAGGGAAAUAGAGUUGAUAUUAAAUGAAGCUGUGCCCAGAAGCCAGGCUCAGGGUAUUGAGAGAUUUUUAAUAGAGAAUAUAAAAAGUAGAAAUAUUUAAACCUUCCUUAUUUUCUAUCAAAUAUUUUUUUCUUCUUGUUUACAAACAACAUGAAAACCGUUUCCUUUGUGGGUUUUUUUUUUCCUUAUUUUUUUAUGCUUAGACUGCAGGUAAUCUUGUUGAGCUCCUAGAAAACGCAAGGAAGCCCUUGUUUGUGCAGAGCACUUUAUGAGUAAUUGUCCAGACAGAAUGUGGCUGCUUCACUCGUCUUGUGAGACGGUAGCUGUCAGUUCAUGCGUGGUUGCAGUGCCUCCUGAGAUCUGUUCUCUUUAGGUUAAGAGUGAAGUCUUGAAAAGUUUGAGAGCAACUAUAUAGACUUGUUUUUAAAUAUGUAGUAUUCCUGACAAACUUUCACCAUUAAGCUACAGGACCCAAACUUUUGCCACUGAGGUAUCAUUAACCUCAAGGUGUAGUUUAUAGAAGGAACUUGUGGACAGAGUGUCCCGUGUGAUCCUUUGUACUUAUAUACAUCUUCAACGAAGAUUCUGUUUUAACUGUCAGACUCUGGUUCCUGAACAGCCCGUCUCUUAACUGUAUGUGAGGUCUGGGAGGGCAUAAGGAGGCAUCCUAAAAGAUGACCUGAUAUAAACGAUAUGCUACAUUUAUGCUGGUACGGAAGAAAGCAUUAUGUACAGAUAUAAUUGAAGACUUCAGCACUGUCAACCAGAAACCCUGUAAAUACUCCUCAGUCUUGGUGCAGUCCCCUUCUUUUGUCCUGUGAUGUCUUGUACUUGUCAGGCACUGUCAGAGCUGCUGUUUGCCCCUCUUCAGACCUCACCUGUCCCUACGCAUCUGCCUCCCGGCCUCUUGCAAACCUCAGCAUCUAGCUUUAGUUGGAAACACAGUGCAGGGAUCAGGUGACCUUUUCAAAAACUACCUCCUCAGAAAGAGGUAAUGAAUAGUUAUUUAUUUUAAAGUAUGGAAAGUCAGGAGCUCUAGAACGUGAAGAUGAUAUAAGAUUUUAACUUCUAUGUGUAUGUGUAGUUGAGCACUCGUUUUGUCCUAAAGGGCAUUAUACAUUUAAGCAGUGACACUGUUUAAACUUUUUCUUUAAAGGUGUAGCUCAGAGUAUCUAUUGUUGGAAUUGGUGCCAGAGUCUGUUUAGUAUACUUCCAGAACCUUACCCUUACGUCGCAUGAAGUUAAAUACUUAUGGUACCACUUGGCUAACCAUGACAUGAUUCCGCUUUUCAGCAGUAGGUUUGGCAGGCAGUAUACCUUCAUAGUGAGUUGCCACCGCUUGUCACAUGCACAGAUGCUCGUCUGAAGACUGCCCAGCCACGAGAUAGAAGGAUACCCUUUCUAUAAGACUCUCUCUCUUCUUGGUCCAAGUUGACAUUGCUAGUGCUAUAAUAUCAGCACCUCAGCCAGCAAAUGUCAACCAAUAAGCUAUUUUUAAAACCAUAGCCAGAAAUGAAAAGUUCACUGUGAGUAGAAACAGCAGGUAGCUUACAGGAGUGAAACAGCAUAGGGAGGCUCUAGAAAAAUACCUUGACAAUUUGCCAAAUGAUCUUACUGUGCCUUCAUGAUGCAAUAAAAAAGCUAACAUUUUAGCAGAAAUCAGUGAUUUAUGAAGAGAACAGCCAGUCUGGUUUAACUCAGUUGUGUUAAUAUUUUUUAGAGUGCAAUUUAGAUUGUGAAGAUAAAUGCACUAAAGAGUUUAUAGCCAAAAUCACAUUUAAAAAAAUGAAAAAAGGGUAAAUUUUCAAUGAACAAAAUUAUUUUUUUAAAGCACAUAAUCCCUAGUAGAGCCAGAAAUAUUUACCACAUAGAGCAACUAGGUUGAAAAUACAGUUCAGUGACAUUUCUAGAGAAACUUUUUCUACUCCCAUAGGCUCUUCAAAGCAUGGAACUUUUAUACACAAUGUUUGACAUUUUAAGAUGCUGCUGUAGUUAGUUUUGAAGUAGUAUAUGCUGGGCAGCAUUCAUGUACUAACUUAGUGAGAACAACACAUCUUAGAUGGUUUCCAGAGAUUGCUGCCAACCUAGACACUGAGUGUUAGAGCUUGAAGUGUAAACUUGCCUCCCAAGACCUGUUUGCAAAGCAAGUUGGCUAGUGCUGCUGACUGCUCUGGUGCAUGGUGGAGGACAGGGCUGUCUCUGCAGGUGUCUUUUGAAAUGGGACGUUGAGUAGUAAGAGACUUGGCCAGUGCAUGAAAACUGGACACUCCAUGCUGUGGCUCUUGCAUCCUCUUUCCUAGCUGUCCCCAAGAAAUGCAAUGUUUUUCCUAGUGUGUCCUUCAGCUGUUUCACUCAGAUUCCAAGGUGAAUUUUUACGAUGUCAGAAGAGACUGAAAUGGUCAGUGUAUCUGUGGUCCACACUGGUAGCUCUGGUAGAGUUAAAGAUGCUGGCCAGAUGUUGUUAUAUCAGUAUACCCAACAAUAACUUUAAUGAUUUCAGAGAACUUAGUUCUACUUCCAUUUGGACAGGGACAUUUAAGUUGAAAUUCAGAAAUUGUUGUCAUUUGGAAGGAAAUGUUAACAGUUCCUAUGAGGUAUUUUUGAGGUAGAAUCUGAAGUCCAGGUUUUUUUCCUUUUCCCUGGGGUUUGCAGAGAGGGUCUUGUAUACACUAGGCAAGGCUUCUACCACUGAGCCACAUUUCCUAGUAUGUAAGAUGUCAAGUUAUAUCAAUCAAUCUCUCUGUGUCUGUCUCUGUCUCUCUGAUUCCUAGUCACCUCCUUAGUAAAGCGCUAAGGGUGAAUCCUUUAUUUCAGUCCCCACAACUCCCAACUGUCCCUUUAUUCGUUACUCAGUGUCACAAACUGUUGACUUUUAUUGACUUUUCUAACUGCAGUGACAUAAGCAGUUGUGCAUGAGGACAACAGCUAGUGUAUUGUUUUUUGUGGUGCAUUUUUUGUAAAGAAUUCUGUAGAUUGAAGUGCUCUUUGAAAACAGAACUGAAAUAUGUUUAUUCUUGCUAGUAUCAAAAAAUGUUUUGUGCAAAUCAUUUGCUUUUCCUGGCAGGCUGAGUACAUUAUCCAGCACCCACGAUUGCCGGUUCGUAUCUACAGUGUACACAGGGGAGACGGGAAACUUGGGGAGGGUGUGUUUACAGAGCUAGAAUGGGGAGUAUGAAUGAGUUACUUGGUCUUAUUUAUUUUUGCCUUGAAAAUCACUGUUUUGAGACUUUGAACCCAUGUGUGUUUGGCUGGGCUGUGAGUUACAUAGGAAGAAACUGCAGACUAGCAUCAGCAAACAAAGCUCACAGACUAGGCACAAAUGGAAGAAAAUGGACCAAAAUAAGGCAGGAUGACACUUAAAUCUGGGGAACUAAAGCUGGGAGAUGAGCUCUUCACCUGAAAUAUAGUGUAAGAGUGCAGUAAGUGUGUUUCUUAUUCUAAGCUGUGAACUUUCGGAAAUCAUUCCUUUCUAAUACACUUAAUACUGUGUGUUCCACUGCUGACUGAAACCAGCUUUGUGAACAUACGCCUUUUUGUCUGUGGCUAACCUUGGUGUCUUAUUUAUCGUCAUGUUGUAUUAGUUCACAUACCAGGUAUGUGUGUGCUGUACUCUUCCUCCCUUUAGCGACAACACUCUGGAUCAUUUCCUUUGGUCACUCCACAAUAAGCGUUGGUCUGGCUUCCACGUCACCUUAUUUGAAGGACUGUGUCCCAGGAGAAUUGAUGGUGUCCCAUCCUUGGGUGUGCUUCUGAUCCUUUGCUUCUACAGCCUCUCCUAAGGUAGUCAUACAACUAACUGAUCAGGGGAUGGACUUCAUUCGCCAUGUCUCUUGGAGUCUAUGAAACAGACCACUUUGGCUUUAGACCAGGAAAAGGAGACAACCCUAGCAUCUGCCAAGCCUCACCCUAAACAGUCAUAUUAGUCUGAGGACAAGUCUCCAGUAAGGGAGAGGCGAGGGAAAUGCUUCAUGUUUGAACUGCGGUGAGUCCCGGCUCCUGUUUCACCACCCAGACCUAUGGCAACUCAUGCACAUUCCUCUUGUCUGUAACUGCCAAAGGUUUGAGUUUAUUGUCACUUCAGUUCCACUCAAGCAUCGAAAGGGUUCUCUGGAGUCUGGGGUGUGCCCAGUGAAAAGGCGGGGAGUUUUUCAUUAUCCACAGACCUCUCUAUACCUGCUUUGCAAAAAUUAUAAUGGAGUAACUAUUUUUAAAGCUUAUUUUUCAAUUCAUAAGAAAAAGACAUUUAUUUUCAAUCAAAUGGAUGAUGUCUCCCUCUUACCCCUUACUCCUCAAUGUUUGCUUGAAUUUGUUUUCUUCUCUAGACCUACUUCCUGUUACUUUACUUCCUGUUACUUCAGUUCUGUCCUGCUCAGGCCCCUCAUUUGUACUUUGGAGUUUUCUCAUGUAAAUUUGUACAAUGGAAAAUAUUGUUCAGUUUCGAUAGAAAGCAUGGAGAAUCAAAUAAAAAGAUAGCUGAAAAUCAAAUUGAGGAAAUUUAUUUGUGUAAAGUUAUUUAAAAACUCUGUAUUAUAAAAAAAGGCCAAAAAAAGUGCUAUGUAAUUGAUGUGAAUAUGCGAAUACUGCUAUAAUAAAGAUUGACUGCAUGGAGAAA